CUCUUCCUCACCACAUCUUCUCACAAGACCUUCAAAAUCAACAGAUUCCUGGCCAAAAAACAAAAACAGAAUCGUCCCAUUGCCCAAUGGAUUUGGGUGAAAACUGGUAAUAAAGUCAGGUAUAACUCCAAGAGGAGACGAUGGAGAAGAACCAUGCUGGGUCUAUAA